UUGAAACUAACUGACAGUCUCUCACUAGUGCGUGAAAUGAAUAUCGUUCUUCUAGUCACUGCCUGCAUUUUGGCGACGUGCAAUGCAGGAAUCACAGAAGUCCUCCAGGGAAUCAAGCCCCUAAUAGCCGGUGGUCGCAAUUCCAGGAUCGGCGAGUUUCCGUAUCAAGUGAGCCUACAGAUGGGCUCGACUGCAGCCAAGGCCAGCCAUUUCUGCGGUGGCAGUAUCAUCCGACCCAACUGGGUAGUGACGGCGGCCCACUGUACGGCGCUUCUGAAAAAAUAUCCCAAAAACGUUUUCUUAGUCAAAGCUGGAAAAACUGAUCUCAGGAAGAAGGAAGCCGGCGAACAAUCCUCGGUGUGGGCGAAAGCCAUCAUGCACGAAAAAUACGUGGACAACGAUAAAGUAGGUCCGUACGACAUAGCACUCAUCAAACUCCGGACGCCUUUCCGAUAUACCCAAGGCAUCCAGCCGGUUCAACUUCCUCCUCAAAAUGUAGAGUUCAAAGGUAGUGCGACAGUCUCCGGCUGGGGCAAGACUACAAAUGAUCCCAACUCGGGACGAGGAAUUUUGCAGGCGGUCGAUCUGCCGUUGAUCGAUCGUGAAACAUGUCAGAGUAUGGUCAGUGCGACUGUCGAUCAGACCAAUGUCUGCUGCGGACCGGAAAAGUUUGGCAAGGCCACUUGUCCGGGUGAUUCUGGUGGUCCUUUGGUAGCGUACACCAACAAUGUUAGGUUACUUAUUGGUGCAGUGUCUUGGGGACCAGUAAACUGUGGCCAACCACCUUCGGUGUUUGCUCGAGUGUCAUACUUUGUUAAUUGGAUCAAUAACAAAAUGCCACAUUUGAGUUCAGCAAGACUGUCAGUCUAUCAAACUUGUAACAUGAAUAUCACUUGUCUAGUCAUCACGUGCAUUUUGUUGACCUGUAAUGCAGAAAUUACAGGUGUAUCAUCCGUCCUCCAGGGAAUCGAGCCCCUAAUAGCCGGUGGUUGCAAUGCGAAACCCGGCGAGUUUCCGUAUCAAGUGAGCCUACAGAUGGGCUCGACUGCAGCCAAGGCCAGCCAUUUCUGUGGUGGCAGUAUCAUCCGUCCCAACUGGGUAUUGACUGCGGCUCACUGUACCUCAAGGAAGAAACAAUAUCCUGAUAAAGUUUUUUUGGUCAAAGCUGGAAAGAUCAAUCUCGAUCAAAAGGAAGUGGAAGAACAAUCCUCGGUGUGGGCAAGAGUCAUAACGCACGAAAAAUACGUGGACAACGGUAAAGUAGGUCCGUACGACAUGGGACUCAUCAAACUUGAGACUUUGUUCGAAUUUACCCAACGCGUCCAGCCCGUGGCCAUUGCACCUCCAAACAUCGAGUUUGUGGGUGAGGGGGUAGUUUCCGGCUGGGGCAAGAUUUCGAAUAAUACCAACUCGGGAUCAUCGAGUCUGCAGGCGGUCAAUCUACCGCUGAUCGAUCGUGAAACUUGUCAGAGUAUGGUCAAAAGUCUUGUUGGUGAGACGAAUCUCUGCUGCGGGCCGCAAUCGUUUGGAAAGGCCACUUGUCCGGGUGAUUCUGGUGGUCCUUUGGUUACGUAUUACAGCGAUCUGAAGAUACUCAUUGGUGCAGUGUCUUGGGGACCGGUGAACUGUGGCCAACCACCUUCGGUGUUUGCUCGAGUGUCAUACUUCAAUGAAUGGAUCAACAAAAACAUUGCGACAAACUAGAUCGUCAUAUAAAUUAGUUAUGGUACUCAUUGUAAUACAAUGAGCAUAACUAUUGCAGAUUUUCUCUUUCCUCCCGAUAAAAAAUUUAUAACCAAAAAUGCAAUGAUUAAGUUCCAUCCCUAACAAUCUAGUGCUAUUAUUUACUGUUUACGAGGAAGGAGAAUAACAGACAAUAUAAGUUUUUAAAACGGUA